UAAUUGUAAUCUGAUAAUAUUUGAUAUUGUUUUAUAUAAUUUGAUAUGUUGUGAAAUAAAAUCUUGUAAAGAGUAUAAUGCAUACGUACAAAACAUUCAAAGAAUAGAUAAGCAGAUAGCAGCUGAUUCUGACUUUUUGACUGCCAGUAACCUGUAUGUAGUUCUAAAGAAAGCUUGUGAUAACUGGCGACCUAAAGGGAAAACAGCCAUGGAAGAAUUUAGAGAACUUCAGAACUUUACAAAGCUUUAUAGUGACUUAGAACGUUCAUAUGGUAAAGAUGGUGGUACCUACAAAGCUAUUCCUAACGUCCAUACCUCCAUACCGGGGCUGCAACCCAAAGAUGAAUAUAGUCCUCGUAGUCAGAGUUAUGAAUCUCCAAGAUCUGAUUCUAAGGCUCUAUCCAUCUCUUAUGUUCCAAUAGAAGCCUAUGAAAAAUUAGAAAGGAAAUUGGGUAAACAAGAAGAAGUUAUUGCAAGAAAAGGAGCAGAAAUAAAUGAACUUAGAAGCAGGAUUGGCAGCAUAUCCGCUAGGGAUUCUUUUCCUGAACAUCUUAGUCCUACAAAAAUAGCUGAUAAAUUUAAGAAUCUGUAUGAAGUAGAAUGGUACGCUGCUGUGGGAUUGAUUGGCACCAAACAAGGACAACGGAAGCAUCAAACAUCAGAGGAGGAGGACUAUGCAAUAUAUAAACUACUUCGAAUAAUCAGAUAUGGCUACACUUGGUGUAAAAAGCUGGCCGCAGAGCAGUUAGAUGAACUUUCUGAGGCCAUGUCACAACCUGUAGCAGAUCCUGGUGUAAAACCUGCUUCUCGAUUGAGUAACACAGUAGCAAAAACACCACGAACAGGGAGACUGUCGUCCAAUCUAGUUUUACAACAAGCCAGAGAUUUUAGGAAGCAGAUGGCUACCUCAUCAGUUGAUGCUGUGGUAGAUCGGUUUAAAGUUGAAGUGAUAAAGGACGAGCUUGGUAUGGAUACCCAGCGAUUGUCACCUUCAGUCAUUAAGUUUAUCCACAAAGCAGCCGAGUUAUUGUGGUACAUGUGUAUUCUUGAUCCUCCAAUGUACAUUGCCUGGCCUGAAUAUAACGAAACAUUUGAUACAACAAAAUAUAUAUUUUAUAAACAGAAAGAUAAAGGACGGAAAGUUAAGGUACCCGUCUGGCCAGCUCUUUACCUGCAAGAAAAGGGACAGCUUAUAACAAAAGGUUUUGCAAAAGGAUACUAAAUGUUAUCAUAUAUAUUUGUUUAAUAAGAUUAAGGCGACUGUUUAUAUAUAUGUCGUGUUGAUUUUGACUAAAUUACCAUGUUAUUGCUUUUUAUGGUUGGCAUCAAUUACCAUUUUACUGGUUAACAUUACAAUUCUAUAAAGUUACUCUGCAAGAUUAUAGCUGUCAUUUCCGCAAUUCUUUCGCUUCUAAGUAAAAAAACUGCGGUAAAGCAAUGCAUUGUCCGCCCGACAUGUUUUACUGUAUUUUGUUACCAUUCAGUUGCUUUCUUGAAUGAAAAUGUAAGGUUGAAGGGAUAUCAAAAUAUAUAGCAAAUGCGGCAAAUAACUUGGAUAAGAAAUACGUGUCAUUAUGGUGAAAUUAUGUUAUUUCAGAUGUUAUGGUUUUAUUUAGAUAAAUAAUCAAAU